AUGGGUGCUCGCGGUUUGGUAGGAGCCGCCGCGGAGGGAGGAGCGACCUCUCCCCCUGAGGGUGGGAAGUUGGGGAAUGCAGCGAUUCCCCCUCUGGCUCCGGAGCCGAGCUCAAGGCGUGUGUGCGGGCACGGACGGGCCGUGUCUUUUGGAGUUCACACCAUAGGAAAGGUUCUGAUUGCAAACCGAGGAGAAAUUGCAUGCAGAGUGAUGCGAACAGCAAAGAAAAUGGGUGUGAAGUCCGUAGCAGUUUAUAGUGAAGCAGACAGAAAUUCCAUGCAUGUAGCAAUGGCAGAUGAGGCGUACUGCAUUGGUCCAGCACCCUCACAGCAGAGUUACUUGGCCAUGGAGAAAAUAAUGCAGGUGGCCAAGGUCUCAGCAGCCCAGGCUAUUCAUCCAGGUUAUGGUUUCCUCUCAGAAAACACAGAGUUUGCAGAGUUGUGCAAGCAAGAGGGAAUCAUCUUCAUAGGUCCGCCUUCAUCUGCUAUCAGAGAUAUGGGUAUUAAGAGCACUUCCAAAGCUAUAAUGUCUGCCGCUGGCGUUCCUGUUGUUGAAGGUUAUCAUGGAGAAGAUCAAUCAGAUGAAUGUCUAAAGGAACAUGCCAAGAGAAUAGGAUAUCCAGUAAUGAUUAAAGCUGUGCGUGGAGGUGGAGGAAAGGGCAUGAGAAUUGCUCACUCAGAAAAGGAUUUUCUGGACCAAGUAGAAUCAGCUAGGAGAGAAGCAAAGAAGUCUUUCAAUGAUGAUGCAAUGCUGAUUGAGAAAUUUGUAGAUAAUCCAAGGCACGUCGAAGUCCAAGUAUUCGGUGACCAGCAUGGCAAUGCGGUGUAUUUGUUUGAAAGAGACUGCAGUGUGCAAAGGAGACAUCAGAAGAUCAUUGAAGAGGCACCAGGGCCCGGAAUUAAUCCUGAAGUUCGGAGGAGACUUGGAGAAGCUGCUGUCAAAGCAGCUAAAGCAGUGAAUUAUGUGGGAGCAGGAACAGUGGAAUUUAUUAUGGACUCCCAACAUAAUUUUUACUUCAUGGAGAUGAAUACCAGGCUGCAAGUAGAGCACCCAGUUACGGAGAUGAUCACGGGAACAGACUUGGUGGAGUGGCAGCUUAGGGUUGCAGCAGGAGAGAAGAUUCCCCUAAUGCAGGAAGAGAUUCUUCUCCGGGGUCAUGCAUUUGAAGCUAGGAUAUAUGCUGAAGACCCUAAUAAUAACUUUAUGCCAGGGGCUGGGCCGUUGUUGCACUUAUCCACUCCACCACCCGAUCGUUUCACCAGGAUAGAAACUGGAGUCAGACAAGGUGACGAGGUCUCUGUUCAUUAUGAUCCAAUGAUUGCUAAGCUCGUUGUCUGGGCUGAGGAUCGUCAAGCCGCACUGCGAAAGUUGCGCUACAGUUUGCAUCAAUAUAAUAUUGUAGGAUUAAGCACUAAUAUUGAUUUCUUACUGAGGCUGUCAGGACACCCACAGUUUGAGGCUGGAAAUGUGCACACCAAUUUCAUUCCUCAACACCAUGAUGAAUUAUUUCCAACCAAAAAGGCAACCCCACAUGAAGUUAUGUGUCAGGCAGCUCUAGGACUCAUACUGAAAGAGAAAAUGCGAACAGAUGCUUUUAGAGAGCAGUCAGAUGAUAAAUUCUCGCCAUUUGCAUCCAGCAGUGGUAGAAGAAUAAAUAUAUGUUAUACAAGAAAACUGUCUCUGCUGGAUGGGGAAAACGUUGUGGAUGUAGCUGUAAGUUACAAUCAAGAAGGGUCUUACAGGAUGCAGAUUCAAGAUAAAACGUUCCUGGUUUCUGGAGAUAUCUUCAAGGAAGGUGAUUCAGUUUACUUGAGGUCUUCAGUAAAUGGAACAGUGUGUAAGUCCAAAUUGGUCAUUUUGGACAACACCAUUUAUCUCUUCUUUCCGGAAGGCAGCGCUCAGAUCGGCCUUCCUGUACCCAAGUACUUGUCUGCAGUGAGCUCAGUGGGAGUGCAGAGCGGUGCUGUAGCGCCCAUGACAGGCACAGUUGAAAAGGUGUUUGUGAAAGCAGGGGAUAAGGUUCAGAUUGGAGACCCUCUAAUGGUUAUGAUAGCGAUGAAAAUGGAGCACACCAUAAGGGCUCCAAAGGCAGGAGUGAUAAAAAAGGUUAAUUUCCAAGAAGGUGCCCAGGCCGACAGACAUGCUCCAUUAGUUGAAUUCGAGGAUGAAGAGGCCACAUCAAAAUGA